UCCUCAGAUUUAUAAACGCUUGAGUCUUAUAAUCUUUUUAAUGAUUACAACAGCAUAGGUUAUUACAUUUCUGGUACUCAAUAUUUAUAAUAGUUAUAAUAUCAAUCAAAAUUUCAUACAAUUAAAGUAACCCAUGUAGCCUUUCUGACAUGCUAAUGUUUAUCGUUACAUGAAAAAACAUCGGGCGUGUUGUGUACGUGAUGUUUUGCAUUUAUUUUCUUGUAUUUAUUUCGCGCUGCGAAGUUUCAGAAAGUUCCUGGACUUCAGGCUGUAAUAGGCGAAGUGCUUAUGCGGAAGUUGUGGAGCAGAAGUGGGAAGUGCGCCGGGGGUAAAGUGUAAGAUCCUUUUAUGGAUAUCCAAAAGCAAACGCCACGGACUUUUCAUGGGACAAGCAGAUAUACGUUUUGUAGGAAUUCGUGAGUCUCUUUUUACGGAGAAAUGGUAAGGCUGUCCUGUCGCAUGAUCCUCACAGUCGUGACUUCAGCAGCUUUGCUUACCUUCUUCCUCGGUUUCUUUUUGAAAACGUUUUGGAAUGCAAGCCCAAUGACCAGCCUGCAACCCAUAUCCAAAGACCUUUACAAGCUAAUCUCUCCAUCUUCGUACAGAUAUGUACUUAACCAGCUGGACAAGUGCAGGGAGAGAAGUCCAUUCCUAGUGCUGAUGGUUCCGGUGGCUCCAGGUGACCGUGCUUCUAGAGACGUUAUCAGGAAAACUUGGGGGAAGAAGGACCAAAUAACCAACAUUGAGAUUAUACGGCUCUUCUUUGUGGGCCUUCCCACUGGAAAGGACAGUCAUCGUGUCCAGAUGGACCUGGAAAGUGAAGCACUUCAGCAUGCAGAUAUUAUCCAGUUGGACUUCCUGGACAGUUACCAUAACCUGACCAUUAAAACCUUGAUGAUGAUGGACUGGUUAGCCUCUAACUGCCGGAGAGCCUCUUAUGCCAUGAAGGUUGAUGCGGACACCUUCCUCAAUGUGCACUGCCUGGUCGGAAAGCUCCUGAUCCACAAUCAAAGCUCAGUCAAGCAAAACUACAUCACAGGGUCGGUGAUUAACGAUGGCCGCCCGCGGAGGGACAGAGGAAGCAGGUGGUACAUAUCUGAGGAAGCAUACCCUGCCACCUGGUUUCCUCCCUAUGUCUCUGGGGCCGGUUACGUCUUUUCAGUCGACCUCGCCGAAAAGAUUUUGCGGGCAUCUAAAUUCAUACCUCCAGUUCCCCUUGAAGACGUAUAUGUGGGAUUAUGUCUACGCAUCCUGGGCAUCAAGCCAACGUACGCCUUUAGCUUCACCUCAUUCCACAACCUGUUUGAAAUCCGCCACAUACAGUAUGAGAGGUGUGCUUAUUUCAGACGCGUGCUGGUGAUCGGAUUCCACCCUGCGGAUCUCCUCCAAGUUUGGCCAGACUUCCAGAAAGCCAAGUUUACAUGCUAAAGACUAUGUGCCCAUGUACUGUUUCAAAGGUGAUACUUAACUAUUAUAUAUUUUUUUUUAUGUAUAUUUCGGGGGCAGCAUGGUGGUGCAGUGGUUAGUCUGGGACCCGGGUUCGAGUCUCCGCCUGGGUCACAUGUGUGUGGAGUUUGCAUGUUCUCCCCAUGUCGUCGUGGGGUUUCCUCCGGGUACUCCGGUUUCCCCCCACAGUCCAAAAACAUGCUGAGGCUAAUUGGACUUGCUAAAUUGCCCAUAGGUGUGCAUGUGUGAGUGAAUGGUGUGUGAGUGUGCCCUGCGAUGGGCUGGCCCCCCAUCCUGGGUUGUUCCCUGCCUCGUGCCCAUUGCUUCUGGGAUAGGCUCCGGACCCCCCACGACCCAAUAGGAUAAGCGGUUUGGAAAAUGGAUGGAUGGAUGGAUUAACAUUCUAUAUUGGCAUAUGAACAGUCAGGGUCACUUGCUGUUAAGGGUCUUGCUCAGGGGGCCAGCUGUGAAAUCCAGGAACCUUCCGGUCACAUUUAACUAAAGCAGCCCAUUUCGUGCAUGACACGUCUGGGUAAAGGUUUCCGUUAGUUCUGUUUUUUGUUAACAGUGCCUGAAGGCAUUGCGCUGCUGUUACUGCACAAUGCUGCACGUUCGACUUUCCGAUUCUGCACUUUUUUGUGUAAUAAAUUUGACGAAGGAAAAAUGUGGGUACAGAAAGAAAGACAAACGAGGCUGAAUUGAACCUGUGUAUUGUUUUACAACGCAGUAACAGGCCACUUACUAUGGGUGUAAAAGCCUCCCUUCUCGCUGUCCUCUGCCCUGUACUUAAGAAACAGGAUGACUGGUAAAUACACAGUUUGUUUGUUAAUUUGUACUUGCUUGUACACCAUUGAGCCAAACGUGCUGAUAGACAUCCUUUGACGCCACGUGUUGCGUACUCCCUAGUGAUGUCUAGUGGACGACUGACGCAGGACCAAGGUCACCGUUGUGCAUAUAUGUGACUCUUAAACUGUCCUGACACAAGAUAUUGCAUUUCUUUUCCUUUUUACACACCGCCCGAGUGGGCGUGGGGGCACAGUGGCCAGCACGGGGUUGUGUCUUAUCAUUUUAUGUUUGUGAGAGACACACUUGUUUGUGUGAAGUGGAUUGUGUAUUUAUUUGUGUUUAAAGUGGAUCGCUAUGGUAUCUGGUAGUUGUAGUCUAUGGUGCGAUUAAAAUGGCGUCCCGUGUGCGUAGAAUCCGUA